GUGAAAGAGUCCUGCAAGCUGCCUUUGUGUCGCACAACAAUGUCGCGAAAUUGAAGAUCGGAAUCAAGCAUGCCGAGGCCGCCAGCGAAAGCUUGUAGCUACCCCGUGGGGAAAUAUGACUGGGCAGAAGUUUGUGUUUUCGGUGAAGCGUUACCCGAGCGCAUGUCAUUGGGCGGCCGUGCGCAGCCCAAAUCUUCCGUCGCCUUGGCUACCUCCCCCGCAACUUUACGCAUGCAAGGUUAGUGUCGCCGCCACUCCUUCGACGCGGCAACAAUAUGUCCAGGAUUUUCAGAGCGAUGGGAAAUGAUGCCCCAUUAUCCGAAAUAUGGGACAGGCGCGACAAGACGCGAAGGCGCGCGGACGCGGCUGACCUCGCGUACCCGGGUAUAUAACGGCCAAGACUACCCGGAUAGAUGACGUUGUCACUCAUUGUGCCGCACGCAUCGACACUGCGAUUUCGUCCUCAAGAUGCGCUUCAGCACGGUGCGUGGAGCACUCCUGUUCGCAUGCAUUGGUCUCGCCUCAACACGUUUAACCGCCAACGAGACUUCAGCGUAUCUUCAGCUCGAGAAUGAUCACCUGUUCGUCUCGGUCAACAAGUCUAUCGGGAGGGUGGACCUCCUGGUACUUGACGGACAAGAUUUGCUUGGUUCAGCAGCCUACAUCCCAUACUCGCCUGGAGGCUCGUCUGGCGAUGGCAGAUACGGUGUCGGACCAUACCUCGAUUGUUAUUGCAUCCCCGCUAGUGGACCUUCGAGCACCGGCUCUGGAUCAUAUACGCCAGGCACCAUUGCUCCAACCUACAAGCUGUUCAAGGGUGUGGAUGCCCACCAUGUCGCCUAUGGUGGUGUCAUGAUGAGCGAAACAUAUCCACCCACAGGCCAAGUGCUGCAACAGUACUGGUUCCUACGCGAUGGAGAGACUGGGUUGCACACUUUCAGUCGUAUCGCAUACCACAACUCGACGACGCCUUUCUUGCGUAACUUGCAGGAGUUCAGGACGCUUUUCAGACCAAGCACCGAUUUGUGGACCGACCUGAUCACCGACGAUAAUCUUGCUAGUAAGAUGCCGGUCCCGAAUCCAGCUUCAGGCAGCACUGCAAAUUCGACAACCGUACAAGACGCCACUUGGUAUAUCGGUAAUCGCACGGAUGACCCAUAUGUUGAGGAGUUUGCGGAUUACUUCACCAAGUAUACCUUCUCGACAACUUGGCGUGAUCAGAAGGUCCAUGGAUUAUUCGGGGACGGCUCAAAUAGUAAGGACAACUCCACGUUUGGUGCCUGGCUGGUCAUGAAUACGAAAGACACCUACUAUGGGGGCCCAACACAUUCAGAUCUGGUCGUCGACGGAAUCAUCUACAACUACAUGGUCUCGAACCAUCAUGGCGAUGGUACACCAAACAUCACCGAUGGCUUUGAUCGCACAUUCGGUCCUCAAUACUACCACUUCAACAAAGGCCCUGCAGGAGCCUCGUGGAGAGAGCUAAGGAACGAAGCUGUGCAGUACGCCACACCGUCUUGGAAUGCGGACUUUUACGAUUCGAUCGCGGAUCACAUUCCAAACUAUGUCCCGACCUCGAAGCGAGGCUCAUGGAAGGCCAAGAUCGACCUACCCAAGGGCGCGAAGAAUGCGAUUGCAGUUCUAGCCCAGGAUGGCGUUGACUUCCAAGACAAUGUUCUGGACACUUCAGCUUAUCAAUAUUGGGCAGAUGUGGACAGCAACGGCAAAGUCGAGAUUGAUCGCAUCAAGGCGGGCAAGUAUCGGGUGACGGUCUAUGCUGACGGCAUUUUCGGUGAUUUUGUGCAAGAUGGCGUAGUGGUACGAGCUGGAAAGUCAACCAACAGUGGCGACCUGAAGUGGAAGCCCGAAUCCGCUGGCACUGAGCUUUGGCGCAUUGGCACCCCAGACAGAGCUGGUGGCGAGUGGAAACAUGCAGCGCAAAGGCUCAACACGCCGCAGCAUCCUGAGGAGUUUCGCAUCUAUUGGGGUGCAUACGACUAUCUCGAGGACUUCCCCAAUGGCGUGAACUAUCAUGUCGGCAAGAGCGACCCUGCGAAGGACCUCAACUAUAUCCAUUGGUCUGUCUUCGGCGGUUAUGCAAACUGGAAACGACCAAAACAAGUUGCUGGCCAUGGUGAAAUCAACAACUGGACGAUAACGUUCGACCUUGAGAAGCACGAUCUUGACAAGAAGAGAGAUGCGACAUUCACAGUGCAGUUGGCGGGAGCGAAGACAGCAGCCGGUAACACUGAUGUCUUCAACGUGACGCAGCCGUGGAACAAUUUGCCGCUCAACGUGGUUGUGAAUGGGCAUGAACUAGAGCCCUGGGUCAUUCCGUACAACCAGUCAUCUUCCUGCGCAACCCGCAGCGCUAUCACCUGCUACACACUAGGUCACAAGUACAAGUUCCCGACAAAGUAUCUCUCUUCCGCGCAGACGAAUGAGCUAGUACUGAGCCUGCCAUACAAUGCAACAGACUACGAGUCGGCUCUGCUACCGAGGAGUGUAUAUGUUCAGUACGACGCGUUGCGACUGGAGGUUAAAUAGAAUAUAAUAGAACG